CAGGUGGCCGAACUCAAGAACUCCUUGGAGGUUAAAGAGCGGGAAGUCAAAGGCGUUACCAUGGAGAACAAGAUACUUCAACUGGAUCUGGAGAAGGUCCAAAACAAUGAGAAGAAACUGAGUAGCACAGUGGCCAGUUUGGAGGCACAGCUGGCCUUUGCUGACCGUAACCUGCGAGCACAAAAUAAGAUUCAUGGAACUGAAAGAAGUGCAACAGAGGCCUGUUACUUGGAGAUUCCCAGUGGACACUCAAGUGUUCAUACUAGAGCAGAAGUGAGGAGGGUCAUGAGCUCUGACAGCCUGGACCAGAGCUCUCUGGAGGACUCCCUGAACACCACAAGGAAACUGUCUGCACCUGGUGAAUCAAGCACACCGCUUGUUCGCAGUUCGGAGCGCUUGGCAUCCAAACGUCAAGGCCUGCAGGCUGAGUCACUAGAAACCCUGUACUUCACACCAAUAAACAACAAGCAGAUCAACAGGACUGGUACAGAACACAGAAUGGAAUUUGAUUCGUCCUGUAAAAACCCAACUUCAUCGGUCAAACGACGCAGGACCACGCAGGUUAUUAACAUCACCCUGACAAAGAAAACUCCGGGCGGCGGUGGUGACUGUGAUGAGACUUUCUACAGUCUGGCUUCAGCACGCUCCCAGCCAAACCUCUCCGGUGCCCACUCUGCCCGACCUGUGUCUACAGAGCUGUUUGAAACUCCUGCCAAAAUGACUGGUGCAGCUAGCGACCAGCUCAUUGGUCUUCCAGGGUACAGAAGGAGCACAAUUCACUCACAGUCAACAGGCACAUUCUGUGUGGGGGCAGAGAACGAACCAGAUGGUGGACCUGAUGAUUGGAUGAGGCUCGCUGAGCUUCAGGCAAGGAACAAAGCCUGCCUCCCUCAUCUAAAGAGCAGCUACCCUCUGGAGUUUGAUGCGGGCAAUGUCGGUCCUUACCGUUUCACAGAUGAAGAACUCCGUAUGGGCGACCCGUCUGACACAAUCCGUCGGGCAUCCAUGAUGCCUGGCCAGCUGCAAGACUCUCUCACCUCCCAUCGGCAUUCGCUCAUGUUAGGACACUCGGCAGCAGCAGCCAAUACUCGCUCACACCGUCUGUCUUUGAUGCCAGGACAACUGCCAUCUAGAACUGUCAGCUCCUCUCAGCUGAGAAGCCCGAACGGCUCGAAGCGGUCUGCAUCUACUCUGUCUGUUCAUCAGAUGUCACCAGAGAAAAAGGUGAAGGCCAGCUGCUUCCCCCGUCCUCUAACUCCCAAAAACAAGAACGUGAUCAAUGGGUCGUCCAGCGCUCAGCUUCGCCCUGCUCUAAGUCCCGCUGACCGGAGACAGUCUAUGAUGUUCUCUAUCGAAAACACCCCUAAAAACAGCAACUACCUGAAGAAAGGGCUGAACAAACUGCGUGGCUCCACUCGAAAAUCUCCAGGCAAAAGCUCUAAAAAGUCUCCUGCUCAAACAUCCUCUCGUAAGAGCCAGGAGAACAAACCAUCAGGAAAUCCUCGUGCUAGGGUCGGAGGGGCCGGCAGACUAGGCAGCUUCAAGUCACCCCAGGUGGCAACUAAAGGACAGAGAAAGUCUCCACGAGCAACCAGCUCCACUGCGAAGUCCCCUGGGCUGACUUCAAGUGCUCGCAAGAAGCAUGUGACUAUAAAUGAAGAAAAUUUUACAGGAAGUCUUAAAAGAUGAUGAGCAGGAUGAAGGUGUGAGGACUGGUUUCUAAACUGGAGUGGUGAUCUUUUAAGGUUCUACGUUGUAUCAAUUUUUAACAAUCACAAUCGCUUUUUCAUUUUAUUGUAUAUCUGGAGUUUUUAAAUCUUGUUUUAAUCUGUUUUUUUUUUUUUUCUUCUCUGUAUUAUAUUUACAUGUUUGUCAAUAAAAAGAUUUCAAUGACACAUUGUGCCUUUGAACUGAACAUAGCCCCACGGAUAAUUCCAUAAUUAGCUCUAUAAAUCAAAUGUUCAUGGUACUCAUGGUUAUAGUUGGGAGCCGGGUAAAAGCAGAGUCUCCUCUGAAUCUUUAGUGGGUUGUUCAGAGCAAAUCUAUUGAACGCAUAUAAGCAGAGACGAUCUUACAAAAAUUGUUUUCUAAUUGAGCAAGCUCAUUCUCCUUAAACUAACAAAUACAAAAAUUGCCACGUGUGAUAUUUAAAUAAACAAAACAUGAUUCAUUUA